GUCCACACCUGCCGAGAAACGAUAAGGUUGGGGGGGUUGUGCUGGAUGGAAUUAGAUGCCCCCUGCCCUUGUCCCUGCCUUGACAUGCCCGUUCUCCGUACUAUGUACAAGCGAGGAAGCGAUGGAUGGUAAGGUACCUUGUACGGUACGGCAGGGUGUGCAGCGUCUUGAUUAAUUGCCGCGGAGGCACCCUGCCUGUGUAAAGAUGCACUCACUCCAUGCAGCCUCAACUCUUACAUCUAUCUCCACAUUCGUUUGCAUAAGUAACGGCCUGGACCCCCUCGCAUGGGAGGCUUUGCACCUGACAAGGCUGUCUCCCAGAGUUUGUCCUUUCUCUCGUGUGCUCGCCAUCGACAAAGUGUUUGACGAACUCAUCAUCAGUCUUGCGUCUUGACCGAUCGAUAUACGAUAUAUUAUAUACGGCCUGGACACGGGCACAUCAUCUUCACGAAAUCAGCACAGCACCAUCAAGAUGAAAUCCAUCACGCUCCUGCCGUUCUUGUGCGGCCUUGCAGCCGCGCUACCUGCUACUAUCAAUUACAACAGAGAACCCGAUGCGCAUCACUUUGCUCCUGUGACGAGGGUACAUCCUUCGAUUGUCGAGCAGGAUCUGGAGGCGCCUAUAGAUAACAGGCCACAAAACCCGUCGAGUUCCGAUAUACCGUCUGUAAUCCUGGCAUCACAAAAGCCCAUCCAAUCAACAUAUCUCCUGGGGUUGCCUAGGGCCAACAACGACGUGGAAAACCCCGCUACGAAGCCGGAGGCGCUUGAAUCAGCGCCUCUAAGUGACUCGGCCAACGGGCACCAAACACAAACGCAAAAGCCAACUCGAGUACACGCUCCUCACCCUUGUGUCUCCCGUCAACAUGUUGACAUCGCCGUCAUUUGCUUCGUCGCUUUGUUUCUUUUGGCGGUUGUGGCCGUCGAGUCGAAGGACUCCUGGUCAUGUCGUACAGCAAACGACGCAGCCAAUGGUGCCAUCCGCCUCGACACUGAAGCUGCUGUUUCAGCAAAGCAGUUAUCAGUCCAAGCAUGGGCUUACACUGAUGGAGAUGACAAUUUCGAAGCUGAGAAGACUCGGCUGUAAUCAUCCAGCAUGAGUUGCUAUGACGAAAAUUUAUGUUUCUUUCAAUGUCCACGGAGUACUUGGGAUGUUUCAAUGUAUACCCACUGGCAUUUUCCCUGGAGCAAAUGGCGUUUGGUUGAGGUUGAUUUUGAACAUUGGUUACGAUGACCAUUUGGGGCUAAAAAGGCGUUGGAUGGGAUUGCUUAUUGGGCAAUGUGGCUUGGUUGUUUUUAUUUUGAAUUUUUGAGCCCCGUUACGCUUGCACAUUCUCUAUAGCAUCACGUUCCUCGUUGAUAUAUCACUAGUUUGCAUGAUUACUCACUUUCCUGUCGUGUCACACUGUCACGUAUGGUAGAUGUAGUCCCAAAACAUUAUACCCCA